GUGCUUCCGAGAACAACGAGAAGGGGAGGGGCGAUCAGCCGAGACCCUAUAAGUUGGCAUGGUCCGAUCGGGCGGCAUUCAGCGUCGCAGCAGCACUCACCGUCAGCACCAUGAAGAGCUUCGCCGUCCUCGCCGUGUUCGCCGUGGCCGUCGUGGUGGCCAGCCUGACGCCCUCCGUCCAGGCCAGCCCCGUCGCGCCGAUGCAGGACAACGCCGAUCCAGUGGCGGACGACGAGGCCCAGCUGGUGCCCGAGCCCUACGCGGAAGGCCGUGCCGACCGCCACGCCCGCGCCACCUGCGACCUGCUGAGCUUCUCGUCCAAGUGGGUGACGCCGAACCACUCCGCCUGCGCGGCACACUGCAUCGCCAUGUUCAAGGGCUUCAAGGGCGGCCGCUGCCAGAACGCCGUCUGCGUCUGCCGGAAGUGACGAGAUCUGCACUUGUCCUACUCAUCAUUCCUAAUUUAACUUGUAUCAUUUGACUUGAUUCUUUUAAGUUGUCUACUUCGUAUUGUCUAAUUUAUCGUCUAUGUACUGCCUCUUCCAUUAAAACCAACGUCCACGA